GCGACGCCGUAACGGCUGUUGAGGCGACACACGAGAGAGGAGAUUCUUUUCUCUGGUUUUAAAUAAAAUGUCGGUUUUUCACGACGAAGUAGAGAUCGAGGACUUUGAGUAUGACGAGGACACGGAGACGUAUUACUUCCCGUGUCCCUGUGGGGACAAGUUCGCCAUUACUAAAGAGGACCUGGAGAACGGGGAGGUGGCGGCGACGUGUCCGAGCUGCUCGCUCAUCGUUAAAGUGAUCUACGAUCAGGAGUUGUUUAUGUCGGGAGAGAUCGUGGAAACGUCGUCUACAGAAACCAAACUGGAGAUGGUUCAGUCCUGACCCCCCCCCCCAUCAUCAUAAUCAUCGACUGUUCCUUUAAAUCCACUCUAGUGACGCAGCUCCUCUCACUUGUUUACACACACACACACCUAAACACACACACCUAAACAUACACACCUACACACACACACCUAAACAUACACAC